AUGUCUCGAAAUCUUCGACACAGCUCGGAGAGGUUGGCCAACAUACUCAACUCGGCGCCGUUCCCCGGCCAGGCGGAGGAGCUGAAGCGGUUUCUCUCCGAGUACCAGUCGAACGGGUACUCCCUCAGCGUCCUCAUCAACUACAACAUCCCGCGCUACAACGGGCGGACACUGGUACACAUUGCAGGCAACAACGGACUCUGCAGCUGCUGUAUAGCUACUUACAUGCAGGAAAAGAGGACUCUAGCUACACAAUUCAAGCUUGUGUCAGCAGACCUUUACCAUAGCAGGUAG